ACUUUAAAAAAUGAAGAUUACAAUUGCAUCGCGCAAUCCAAAGUCGACCAAGUUCCCUGUGACUCUUGAGUUUGAAGGAACACCUUCGACUGUCACUGUGCUGGAUGUAGCAAAGGCACUCGAAUCAAAGUUCCCAAAGUACUAUCCCGACCGUCAACGCCUGACAAACUCUGACAAGAAAGUCCUGAGCAUUGACAAGACCCUUGCUGAGUCUGGUGUUCAAGAAAAUGAUAUUAUUCUCUUUAAAGACCUUGGCCCUCAGAUUGGAUGGAGAACGGUGUUCUUGAUUGAGUAUGGAGGUCCAUUGGUUAUCCACCCUUUGUUUUACUAUCUUUCGGGCGUGUUCUACAAGGGUUCGUUCGAACACUCCCCUAUGCAAAAGGCUGUGUAUGCCAUGGUCAUGCUUCAUUUCUUGAAGCGUGAAUUGGAGACCGUGUUUGUCCAUCGUUUCUCUCACGGAACUAUGCCUUUCAUGAACGUAUUCAAGAACUCGGCUCAUUACUGGUUCUUGUCUGGCAUCAAUCUGGCCUACUGGGUCUACGGUCCCUGGUAUGGAGCUGGUAAAGCAGCUGCAACCAGAAGUGAUGUCUGGCUGUGGGGUAGUGUUGCUGUCUGGGCGUGGGCAGAAUUCUCCAACCUCUUGAACCACAUCACCCUUCGCAACUUGCGUCCCCCAGGAACCCGCACCCGUGCCAUUCCUUAUGGCUAUGGCUUUGAUUUAGUGUCCUGCCCCAACUAUCUCUUUGAGACAAUUGCAUGGACUGCUGUCUGCUUCCUGUCAACCAGCUGGAGUGCCUUCCUCUUUAACAUUGUUGCUACUGGUCAAAUGUACGUCUGGGCAGUAAAGAAGCACAAGAGCUACCGUAAGGAUUUCCCUGAUUAUCCUCGCAACCGCAAGUCCAUGUUCCCCUUCAUUGCUUAAAUCUCCAUAUUCCUCUUUAUUUCCAAUUAUUAUUACUAUUAUUUGCAGCAUCAUUUCUCAUUUAUCAAGCAAAUAAAAAAUAACAUAAAAUAAAAUAUCAAAAAUCCAUUACCAAUAUU